AACAGAGCACUUCCUCAUUCGACCAUAUCACUGAAUUUCAUGCGGCCAAUCAUUCAAAAGUGCUGUCAUGGCUCUUGAGCUUUACAUCCCGCCCUGCAUCAAAUCUCCUGCUGGCCAUCUGCAUCCACCGCGUAUUGAGCAGCCCCUCAGAGUCCAGAUCGAAGGUCCGCGAGAAUCAAUUCAAAAGCUUUUCCCAUCUACAGUGUGGGAAACCAGUCUGGUAGCCCGGAAGUUUCCUCAGACAGCUGGUCCAGCGCUUGCAGCACUCACGUUUCGGCACAUUUAUGGGGUGGACGCCCGUCCUGAUGUCCGCGGUGAUAUGGUCGUGCGGGACGAAUACAUGGGAUGGGUUAGAGAGGGUAACAAGACAUUAGAGGACAUUGAUUACUAUGGUGUGACGUUCGAUCAUCUAGUUCCCCUUGAUGAUGUCGAUCCCGAAGUAUUACAAAUCAACAUCAUUGAGAUGGAUGAUGAUCAUGGCGAGUAUGCGAAUAAAUAUUUAUCAUUCUCGGUGAAUGCAUCGGAAUAUAGUGGGAAGAGAGUAUUGGCUGUCCCCAGAUGCUGCCAGAAACGAAAGGGCACACAAGAUCGCCAAAGGGUGAAUGAAUCGGUUUUGGAAAGGGAUGGGUGUUCAAGUUGCUGAGACAAACCCCAUGUUGUUGUAAUCGACAAUUGUCUGGACCUCGAACAAGUGCAUAAAGACCGAGAUGCUCAGUCAACUGACAAUGAUGUUGCAACAUGUUUCAAAAGCGACAGUAGCGAGCGGGCACUGUAUUGGGAACAGGAAUCAAUUGCAUGGGAUUUUAUGACCUAGAAAGACCUAGCAGGCAUUGCCAUCCUGCCUAUAUUCAUCAACAUGAACACAUGCUUGGAGAGGCGACGCAUGGCUGGCAAGCGUGCUGCGAGGUUAUCACAUGCCGAACAAGCUCUAACGGAUGAAUACAAAUAAGUUGUUUGCAUCUUUUCGCCAGAUCAUGUGUCACAAGUAGAAGAAAACUCCUUGCCGCGACAAAAGGGAUAUGAUGAGCCGGCAACCAAAGUGGCCCUUCUAGAGAAGCAAGUCAACGCAUUGCAGGGCCAGUUAGAUAGAUGCCCAGCGGCAGCGCAAGAGGAAGAAGGUCCGGUUAUCGCCUAACAAUACCUUCGCUAAUAUAGAGCAGUUUCGACGGGCGCAGAUUAAAACUGGCAAAGUAAAGAAUAGUAUGGAUGAAUUAAGCGCAUCAGAAAUAUCCAGCGAGGCCGAAAGUUGUAAAUCGGUGGGCGGCAGACGAAGUGGAAUAAGUGGUAGUGAUAGUGAUAGUGGUGAUGAUGGUGAUUCAAUGCGGGGCUGAUGCAAGAGGGGGGGGGUAAUUCGCGUUAUAAGCAAGAAGACUGGUCGUUUGAUUUGAACCCCUGCCGCCCAUCGUGUUUGUCAGUGAAUUC